AUGCCAACGACUUACAUCGGCGGACAUGCGGCGCGGGGAAUGAGCUGUGCACGGUGCGAUGAGACUGGAGUAGCCCACUCAUUCAAUGAAUAAGGGUGGCAAUUUUGGCUUAUUUUCUCUUUUUCUUUGGGACAAAUGUCUUCAAUUGAUUUUCUUACACUGUCAGUUUCCAAUAUAGACCAAAAGCUUUGGUCUCUGUUAUGUUGGUUGUUCAGCUGAACUCCGUUGGCUUCACUCACCAAAUACAGAGACCGAAGUUCUAGCGCGAUCUGUACAGGGGACCCAAUGGCCAUAUGUUUAUGUGUAUUAAGUUUGGAUAAAACAGGGCAGUGAAGUUGCGUGACAGCCGAGUCGAAUCACCAGCAUCAACUAAAGUCACCUCAACUCUGAUCUGGCCACUGACUAGACCAGUCGUGUUUAUGUUGAAGCAAGUGUGAGUGGAAGAUUUUCUCCAUUGGACAUUUUGUGAGUCACAUUUUUUGGUGGUAGCAGGGCAUUGCUUACACUUGUGUACCAUGGAAUCGGAGAAAGACAAUGAUAACCAGCAAAACACUGGCCAGCAAGACCCAUCAGCCACAGAGGCUCCGGGGAGUGAAAUGGACAGUACUCCGGUAGAAGGUGUUCCAGAAGGAGAGGCUCCUCCAGCGAAAGAGGCUCCAGCAGAUGAGAAAGUAGAGAUUGAGAAUGAGGUAAAGCCAACCAAAGGGGAGGCAGAACAAGCAAGAAUUGAGGAAGCAACAGAAAAGGAACCUAUGCUUGUCCCAAACUCCGAGUCUGAAGGUCAUCAAGGGGACGGUGAUCAGGCUGCAGAAGUGCAGAAAAAAGGAAUAGCGGAGCAGAAGCAAAAUGGAGCCCAUCCUACAGCUGAACAAGUACCAGUUGAAGUGACAAUUGAAAAAUGCACCAAACCGCCCUCUUCCUCCUAUAGUACCGUCCGCAAGAUUCUUAUAGGUUUGUCCAUUGGUCUUGGUGUGGCAAUUUCGUGGGUGGCGGCUACUCAGUUCAUGAAGGCAAUGUACGAUGAGAACUUUGAUGCUCCGUUCUUUAUGAUCUGGUUCACAACAAUUUGGAUGGUGGUGUGCUACCCAAUCUACAUCAUUGGCUCCUUGGUGAUCUUCAAGGAUCAGAGGAAUGCCGGCUGGGCUGGUAUCAAAGAGUUAUAUAAGGCUGAUCAGCAGAUAUAUGGAGAGAGAGGCAUGACUCUCUGGAACUGCCUAAAACUGACAGGUCCAUUCUGUGCCCUGUGGAUGAUUACAAACUACAUGUACGCUGCGGCUCUCAAGUUCAAGUCGCCAACGGAUGUUACGGCACUCUUUGUCACCAAUACUGCAUUCAUCUAUGUAUUCUCUUGGAUUUGGUUGGAGGAACUGCUCAUCCUUCUUCCUGCCAGGUUAUGCUCAGUGCUUCUGUCUAUUGUGGGUACUGUCUUGAUGAUGGCAGCCGACGGCUUUGGAGGCGGGAGUGUUAUAGGAGUCCUUUUGGCUUUGGGUGCUGCAAUAGGAGCGGCCCUCUACAAGGUUCUGUUCAAACGCUUCUUGGGUGAUGCCACCUACGGUCAGGUGUCUCUAUUUCUCACCAUGCUGGCCCUGCUCAACCUUGUCCUCCUCUGGCCCAUCAUGCUCGGCCUCUACUUUGGCAAGCGGGAGACUUUGGACUGGAACAACCUGCCUUGGGCAUUCCUCUGCGGGACGUCAGCUCUUGGUAUAGUAUUCAACUUCCUUGUUAAUUUUGGAAUAGCUCUCACCUACCCCCUCCUCAUCUCCCUGGCUAAUAUUGUAGGGAUCCCAAUCAAUGCAGUGAUUGAUACAGCAUUCCUAGAUAUGGAGCUGCCUCCUCUUAAAAUCGUUGGCGCCCUCCUCAUCAUCGGCGGUUUCAUCAUCAUGCUCCUCCCCGAGACGUGGCAGAUAAAGGUGGCUUGCUGGAAGGAAGGCGACGCCCCCUGCAGGCGGAGAGGGGACAUGCGGCGUAUACCGAGCGAGGAACUUGAAGAAAGAACCGUGAGGUUGUAGCUGUUUGAUGGAUGGCGGUGUAGAGAAGUAGUCGUCUAAACAAAACACAGAAGGUCUGAUUUAACAAAGUUUACCUUCUAACUUACAAGCAUUGCAACCGUUUGGUACAUAGUUCGCCUUGGACUCACCUUUGAUAUCAGUUGUAUUGUGGAGUUAAUCUUUCACGUUAAGGGGCUGUUAUGUGAUUACAAGCAAGGGAAUAUAUAAAAUGCACACCAAUGGAAUAUCAUACAUUCAAAUAUUAUUAGCUUUUAUUAUGAUUUUCAUGUGUUAAAAUCAUCAAGAUAGGAUGUCUCUGACACAAAAAUAUGAGUUUUCACAGUUUAGUUUGUAGGAUGUGAUUGAAUUUUGCUGGAAAAUAAAGAUUUUUUUCUUCUCUUAAUGCAUUGGCAGGUAUGCAACUCUACUGUGCAAAUGCUUGGCAACUUGCAAUAUUCUGUGCACCCCAGAUUUAGUAUUUAUGUCAUAAUGUUGCUAGGAAUGUUACGAGACAAUAGUGGAGUGUGUGUAUUCUGUUCCUCAAGAUGGAUUUCUUCAGUAUUUUACUUGAAGUCUGUGUGUCCAUUUUCUGUCUCAGGUGUGAAGUGGCUAUUGGCACUGGUCAUUUGAAUGUUCAUGGGUGUAUGAACUCUUUGUUGGUUUGUAUGCGUGUGUAUGUUCCAGUGUGCACUGUGAUGAAUGUGGGUGAAGAGGAGAUGUUUGAUUACAGAACCUGAUGAAUUUAAGGAUAAUGAAUUGGAAUGUAUUAUUAGAAAAUGAAUACAAUGACGGUCUGCAAAUGGAAAUUGAAAGUUGCAGAUUUUAGUCGCUGGUGGCGACUGGCGAUAAUGAUUUGUAUUCCAGUUAGUAGUUGUUGGAAUCUUGCAUGAAAUGAUUGUUGUGGAUGCUUGUGACCAAGCAACCAGAGGACCAAAUGCUGAAGGUCUCCUCCGAGGGACCUGGUAUUGAGGAUAAAUACCUCAUCGAAGGGUAUUGGUUCACCAAGUGGGAAUCGAACCUGGGUCAACGGAAUCCGAAUUCCCUGCUCUACCGAUGGCAUGAGCCCCAAGGUCGAUGUUUAAAAAACAAAAUUGAUAUUAUUCAUGUUGAUGCCUUUAUUAAAAAAAUAUCUUGCUGCCACUACAUGGCUUUUAAAAAAAUCCUAUGUAUCUUAUGGCAGCUAUCAUUGCUUACCUCAAAUUGGAAGAGUUUUCCACAUGUCUUGAGGUGAGGAUUGGGACUUGAGCUGUUAUUGUGCCUUCUGUGUUUUUGUUGCUUUGAGCCUAUUGACAACUUGAAUUUAAAUUAAACCUCCAGAGCGAAUUGUUCACAUCUAGAAAUUGUCAGUGGUAUUUAUAAAUCAUGCCUAAAGCAAGCUCGAUUCAUCACAUAAAACAACCAUGUGCUUGCCUAACACUUCUUUGAAAAUCCGGACCAUUAUCACUUCAUUUGCUACUAUCCAUUUAAGAGAAUUACAGAUAUCUUUGAAAAUAUCCGACAUCAUGUCAUUGCAUUGUUAACCCGUCGACUACUGAAUUAUGUAAUUCCUAUAGACUUUGUGUAGGGACCAUCCGGUUCUAGUAGUGAGCGGGGUAAUUAGUGUUGAACAUUGCUAUAUCUUAUGGGUGCAUGCAAAUGAACAUGCAUGUGUGGCAUAGAGUUCUGUAAUGCAAAGCUUAUUGAUUGAUCAUAAAAUUGAUUUUUGUGAUUGAUUGUACAUUAUGUUCAGUGCUAUCAAUUAUAAGAAUGUGUUCUACAUCAAUUUGUGAGUUUUAUAUCACAGGGCCCUUGUUGCUGGUACAUCUGUUUGAAAGCUGACAUCCAAAUGACCUAUUGCUAUUAAUGAGUGAAUUACAUGUAGAUAUUUGUUAAAAGUACUGUGUAUAUAUCUAUAAUAAUUAUAGAUAUUCUUUUGACCAAAUAACUCGGUACAUUAAAAUGAAGCACAAAUAUCUAUCAGUCUUGUAAUUAAUCAUAUAUAAUUUAUUUUGAUUGAUGUUGAAAUAACAUAUUUGAUUUAUAUAAUUUUAGUAUAAAAUUAUGGCUUUUUUAAAAAGUUUUUUCUUUACUGAAUGUUAACCUUAUAUUUAUCCACACAGUAUGAUUAAUAUAUUUUCAAGCACUGAUUAUCGGUUUUAUUUGUGUUUGCACGGUCUAUUCUAUAGUGAAUAGAUUGAUCUACAAUGUGUUUACGUUUACAGUAACUAUUUUAUAUCAUUCCAUCUUGCAUUUUUCAUUUGGAAUUCUUAUAUUCAACUCAAAACAAAAUAUAUUUGUUGCAUUCAUACAUGCUAUGAAAAUAUAUUUAAAAUGAAAUUUAACAGAGAUUUUCCCAUAUUAUUUCCACACUUUAUGUUUGCACUACCGUAUCCAUUGUUUAUUCACAGCCUUAUUUUCAUGAGCACCUUGUGUGUGUAAUUUUACAGAAUAUUCCUCAUAUUGUUUUCAUUAUUUUAAGUUUAUUUCAAAUUGCAAUUUUUGAAGACAAUUUCUCUGGUGAAGUGGUUUUAUGCAUGUAUUUUAUUUUUAGCAGUGGUGUAUACUGCAGGGUGUCUUGUUCUCGGGAGGGUUAACGGCAAGGGCUGGAUAACUGAUUUUGAAACAUGCAUGACAUCUGUUUAUAUGCUGGAUGAAUGAAAGCAAACUGCUAUCUCCCUUGUUGUGUAUACCCCUUUCUUUUAUUGAGCCAGUACGACCAAAAUGUUACGGAAGCCAGAAGUGUUUUCCUUUUGUACCAAGAAUUUUGCCUGCGUGUGCUGUUUUCAUUUAUAACCAAAACACUUCUGAAGGACUCUUUUUUUUGGGGGGGGGGGUGGGGGGUUCACAUCCUAACCAAUUUAAAAUAUGAACUGUUGCUGCAAGGAAAUAUCAUGUUAUUGCGUAAAAGCAUGAUUAAACAUGUUUACUGUAGUUAUUUUUCUAUUGUAGACUUUCUUCCUGAAAUGUACGUCUGGGCCCCGUCUUACAAAGAGUUACGAUUGAUCAAAUCAACCACAACUAUGGAAAGCCAGCAAUAAAACAUUUUAUUUAAACAAAAUAUUUUCUAGAUAUUGUGUAUAUUCAAUAAUUCAGUUUUCUUGAAAAUUCAGCGUGCUUCUCUUUAUUUGCGAAGGACAUUGUGCAAAUUUCCCAAAGAAAAAAUUAUGACGUUGAUGGAUUUCCAUAUACUUGAGGUUGAUCGGAUCAAUCGCAACUCUUUGUAAAGAUGGGGCAAACGUUGUGAGCCUUGAAGCAGCUGUGGUUUAUAAUAAAGAGUGAUUUUUUAUAAAUCUUUUAACAAACAAGAAGAAGAAGAAAUUGAAGUUUCAAUGCAAUGUUUUUUUUUUUUAGUGUUAGGUCCACUCAGUUGAUGAGGUUUCAUUCAUUCUUUUGAAAAAUUGUCCUCCAUGGUUUAUGAACCAACGAUGAAUUAUCUGAGAGACAUGGAAAUCGUCCCAAAAGUAAUAUAUUGUUCCAAGCUCGGCAUAGAUCUUGAGGCUAAUGUACAUUUACAAAUGUAUUUAAUAAAUAGUUCAUCAUCUGUUAGCAAACACAAAGAGUUUUGUCUUAUUCAACCUUAAACUGCACAUUUAUUUUGAGUUUCUCACCCGCACUUGUGUAUUAAGACUCGUGUUAGUAACAUAUUAUUUUCAUACUGUGCAUUUUGUGUUACAGCCGCACAACUAAAUAAACCACAUGUAUACAUACCACAUAUAAAAUUUACUGCUGUAAGUUUAGGUUUUCUCUUCAGCAAUGGCCAGAUACACUAGGUGAAAAUUUGGUGAUUGGCAAAAAGAAUAUUGAUAAUUCAUGUCAUUCUGCGCAUUCUGUGUUGUUACAGCUGUACUGCUGUUACUUGAAUGUACAUAAUGCAUGUUAAAGUCAUUGCUGUAGGCUAGGUUUUGUUCUCUUCUGCAGCAACGACCAGAUACACUAGGUGAAAUUUUUGUGAUGAGUGACUCGCAAAAUACAUGUAAGCAAAAAAAAUAAGACUGCUGAUAAGUUUGACUUCUUGUCGUGCCCCAUUAUCUGCUCAGAAGGUGGGGACUCGGCCCAAGCUAUAUAAUAUGUCCUCUCGAGUGUCGACUGAAAGCGUAGUUUGAAAUCAAGUGGACGGAAGGGCUUUCAUUUCCAAUUUUCCACGUUAUACAGGGUGUACCUUACUAGCCAGAUAAUCUGCCUUUUCAAAAUUAUGUAAAACACAGAGAAUAAGGUUUUUUUUGUAUAUGAACUGAAUGGUUUCGAUGAAAUUGUAUGUAUGUUCAACUAGGUGUUUUUUAUGUGAGACAGACAUUGUGUGUAAUGUUUUCUGAAAUACUCGACAAGGAUUUGAAUGGAUGUUUGUCCUUUGAUAAUAAGGAAGGUUAAUAAAUUUUGUACUUUUUGUCACCGA